UGAGAUCGCCCCCUCCCUCCCGGCCUCCGCCCGCCGGGGUGCGGCGGCCUCGGGCCCCGGCCCGCCCCGGGCUCCCGCCCGCCCGCCCGCCCCGCGGAUCUCGCCGCGGCCCGGCCGUCGGAGGCCAUGGCCCACUCCCCGGUGCAGUCGGGCCUGCCGGGCAUGCAGAACCUAAAAGCAGACCCAGAGGAGCUUUUCACAAAGCUAGAGAAAAUUGGGAAGGGUUCUUUUGGCGAGGUGUUCAAAGGCAUUGACAAUCGGACUCAGAAAGUGGUUGCCAUCAAAAUCAUUGAUCUGGAAGAAGCUGAGGAUGAGAUUGAGGACAUUCAACAGGAAAUCACAGUGCUGAGUCAGUGCGACAGUCCAUAUGUAACCAAAUACUAUGGAUCCUACCUGAAGGAUACCAAAUUGUGGAUCAUAAUGGAGUACCUGGGAGGAGGCUCUGCGCUGGACCUGUUAGAGCCUGGCCCUUUAGAUGAAACGCAGAUCGCCACCAUAUUACGAGAAAUACUGAAAGGACUUGAUUAUCUUCAUUCAGAGAAGAAAAUCCAUAGAGAUAUUAAAGCGGCCAACGUUCUACUGUCUGAACACGGCGAGGUGAAGCUGGCCGACUUUGGGGUGGCCGGCCAGCUGACGGAUACCCAGAUAAAGAGGAACACCUUCGUGGGCACCCCCUUCUGGAUGGCGCCCGAGGUCAUAAAACAGUCAGCCUACGACUCCAAGGCAGACAUCUGGUCCCUGGGCAUCACAGCGAUAGAGCUGGCCAAAGGGGAGCCUCCCCACUCGGAGCUGCACCCCAUGAAGGUCUUAUUCCUCAUUCCAAAGAACAACCCCCCGACGCUGGAAGGCAGCUACAGCAAGCCCCUCAAGGAGUUCGUGGAGGCCUGUUUGAACAAGGAGCCCAGCUUCAGACCCACCGCGAAGGAGCUGCUGAAGCACAAGUUUAUCAUCCGCAAUGCAAAGAAGACCUCCUACCUGACUGAGCUCAUCGACAGGUACAAGAGGUGGAAGGCCGAGCAGAGCCACGACGACUCGAGCUCCGAGGACUCGGAUGCGGAGACGGAAGGCCAGGCCUCCGGGGGCAGCGACUCCGGGGACUGGAUCUUCACCAUCCGAGAGAAGGAUCCCAAGAACCUGGAGAACGGAGCCCUGCAGCCGUCGGAGUUGGAGAGGAAUCAGAUGAAGGACAUCCCAAAGAGGCCUUUCUCUCAGUGUUUAUCCACGAUUAUUUCUCCUCUGUUCGCCGAGCUGAAGGAGAAGAGCCAGGCGUGUGGGGGGAACCUGGGGUCCAUAGAAGAGCUGCGGGGAGCCAUCUACCUAGCAGAAGAGGCCUGCCCGGGGAUCUCGGACACCAUGGUGGCCCAGCUCGUGCAGCGGCUGCAGAGAUACUCUCUCAGCGGCGGAGGAACUUCAUCCCACUGAAAUUCCUUUGGGCUCGAGUUGCGUUUUUCCCUUUCUCUCCAUCCUUCUCCUUUUCCAAGUCAACGAGGGCCUCGGCCGACUCUGCCGAAGCGGCGGCUCGGAGAGCCGCGCCCCGGACGCCCCGGACGCCCCGACGCUCUGGACACCCCGUCCUUGCCGGGCCACAGCCGGAUGAAGCCUCUCCGAUGGGGCGGGGAGGGGCUGCCCCUUUAAGCGACUAUUUUAUUUUUUUAUCGUUUUUAAUUUUAACCAUAGUGCACAUAUAUUCAAGGAAAAAAAAAAUCUCUUUAGAAAUGAAAAAAACAAACCCUGAAAUGUAUAUUUGGGCUUGCGAUGGGCGACGGAGACGUGAAACCUCAGGUACCCGCUGCGCGCGGUGGACGGUGUACAGAUCUGUAUAUAGCGUCGUUUCUACCGAGCCCCUUCCGGCGUGCGUGAGGACCCACUGUGCACACACUGGCCACGCGCUUCUGUAGAUAAUUGUCUGUGGAGUAAAUAUUUGACAGGCCAUCACUUGAGUCUUAUUGCCUUGCCUUUAUUACGUGUACAUUUUGAAUCCUGUGACCGGUGAUCUGGGUUUUUUUUUUCUUUUUGUAUUUGCAGGGUUUUGCCAUUAAUAAUAAUUCCUGGCCCCUCUUCUAGAACACUCCUCUUUGUACCUCGCUCGGCCAGUGCGCGUUUCCCUCUCGUUUCCCCCCAUCCCUUUUGGUACACUUAGAAGUUGAUUUCCUUUUUGUCAUUGAUGGUACUAUUUCUUAGUGUUUUAAAUUGGAACAUAUCUUGUCUCAUGAAGCUUUAAAUUAUUACGUUUUGAGUUUCUCCUGGACGAAGCGCUCUCGCCUGACGUUUGUGUGGAAUCCUGCCACGCGCGGCGUGCGUCCCUUGCACCCUCCCCCCCCCCCCCACGCCACGCCACGUCCUCCGGGACCUCCUGGUGGAAACCCGCCUUUCACACCCCCCUCCCCCCCACGCCCAGUGUCUGGAUGCUUACACAAAUAAAUUUUAUAACACUUAUUUUGCAUACUCUUCUUGAAACGUGAAACUGCAGGGUGGACUGGGCACCUGCCGGGCGUGGCUGGAUCCGUGUGCGCGCACGCGCGCGUCUGCGUGUGUGUCGAGACGUUUCGGAAGGCUCCCGGGGACGUGCCCAGUUGUGAACAUGCUUACAUGCUCCUUGUGCAGGUCGGCUCGCUAUGCAACUCGUGUGCUUGGUUGCUGAGCUGUGGCUGGGUGUGCGGCCCGUGGGCUGUGGGCCUCCUCCAGAGGCCUCUCGAGAGCUGCGCUGCCAGAGGAGCCCCACUGCUCCUGGGGGGGCCGGCGGCGGAGGUGGGGUGCUGUCUGGGUUUCUGGGUUUGCUCCAGGCAUCCUUUGCUUGGCAGGUUGGGAAGUGGGUUCGUGAGAAGGGGGUGCGGUUUCUUAGGCCAACGU